AUGGAGACGAGAGAAGAGAACGAUCCAGAGCUGCGACAGCCACUGCUGUGGCAAGGGCAAGCGCAAGCAAGUGAUGGCGACGAGCAGCAAGCUCCGUACACAAAGGCGGGGCUCCUCAGCUUGGCCACCUUCUCGUGGGUGGCGCCUCUGCUGAAAGUGGGAUCAAAAAGGGCCCUGGAAUCCAAAGACUUGCCCAAGCUCGCACCCAGCGAGAGUGCCGCGGCGGUGCACCAGCUGAUGAGCAGGGCAUGGCAGGCAAACGCAAGCUCAUCCUACCGCCUCUCUAGGAGCUUGGUGAGCAUUCUAUGGAGGAACUUGGCGGUGGCAUCGGCGCUACAGCUGGUGGCGAUGGUGUGCUCCUACACUGGACCUUACCUCAUGGACGACCUGGUGCAGAGCUUGGGCGGGGCUGAAGGCAAGUCCCUCGUCAUGCUAGCGCUCAUCCUGCUGCUAUCGGGGCUUGUUGGGGGAUGGGCACAGAGCCAGGGGCUCAUACAAGGCCAGAUCAUCGAGCUGAGGAGCAAGUCGGCACUCACGGGUUUGCUCUACCUCAAGGGCCUGCGUCUCUCCAGCACCUCGCGGCAGGCUCAUGGCAGCGGUGACAUCGUCAACUACAUGGCCGUCGACACCGCUGGGGUGGCCAGCUGCUUGGAGUUCAUCCACCAUCUCUGGCGGCUGCCUCUCGAGGUGGUCCUGGCGCUGCUCAUCCUCUACAAGAGCGUCGGUAUCGCGGCGAUCGCGACUCUGGUGGCGACCGUGGCCACCGUCGCCGUGAACCUGCCUUAUACAAGCAUGCAGGAUGGAUACCAGGCACAGAUCAUGAAGGCCAAGGACGUGAGGAUGCGAGCCACAGCCGAGUGCUUGCGGAGCAUGAAGAUCCUCAAGUUGCAAGCCUGGGAAGAGGGUUAUCUCAACAAGCUGGAAGCUCUGAGGAGAACAGAGUAUGACUGGCUCAGAAAGAUCUCGUAUAACCGGGCUGUCUCCAUCUUCCUCUUCUACAUCUCGCCGGCAUUUGUUGGGAUCAUCACCUUCGGGACUUGCAUACUUCUCAAGGUACCCCUCACGACAGGCAGGGUCCUCUCAGCAUUGGCUACGUUCAGAGUUCUCCAGGCGCCUCUGAGCAGCUUCCCCGACACUUUGUCCGUACUCGCACAGGCAAGGGUCUCUCUCCGCAGGCUGUCCAGUUUCUUGCUGGAAGAGGAACUCCAAGCUGAUGCUGUUUCCCAACUGCCCAGGGCUGGUGCAGGCGAGUUUGCUGUCCAAGUUCAAGGGGGUGCCUUCAGCUGGGAUGGCUCUCCAGAGAAGCUCUCGCUCUCUAACAUCCACUUUCACGUGUGGGAGGGCGCUACUGUGGCAGUGUGCGGCAUGGUGGGUUCUGGAAAGUCAACCUUACUCUCCUGCUUGCUGGGACAAGUGCCAAAACUUGCGGGAAAGGUCGAGCUGCAUGGGAAAGUUGCGUAUGUUGGGCAAACUGCGUGGAUACAGAGUGGGAAGGUUCAGGACAACGUGCUCUUUGGAAGUCCUUUGGAUCAGUCCAGGUAUGACAAAGUUCUGGAAAUGUGCCAAUUGAAAAAGGACUUGGAGGUACUUCCUUAUGGUGACCAAACAGAGAUUGGUGAGAGAGGCAUAAACCUCAGUGGUGGACAAAAGCAGAGGAUUCAGAUUGCUCGUGCUCUAUACCAAGACGCUGAUAUCUACUUGCUUGACGAUCCUUUCAGUGCUGUCGACAUUGAGACUGGAACUCACAUGUUCAAGGAAAUCAUCCUUAAAGCGCUAGCGUCCAAGACAGUGGUGUUAGUAACUCAUCAAGUGGAGUUCCUGGCUGUUGCUGACUCGAUACUGGUUCUCAAAGAUGGCUGCAUCACGCAGCAGGGGACAUACCAAGAGUUGCUGAAGAGUCAAGCUGACUUCAACACGCUGGUGCAUGCACAUAACAAGGCGAUGGAGUCUGUAGAUCAGAGUUCAAAGUCUCAGCAAGUUCUGCCCGCCGCCGCUGACGACAACGCUGCUGCUGGUACCAUGAGUCCGCAGCCAAAACAGGCGAACCAAUUGCAACAGCUGGUUAAGGAAGAGGAGCGCGAGCAGGGCAGCACACACUUGGCACUGUACUGGAGUUACUGCACAGCUUACUACAAAGGUGCCCUGAUUCCGCUGAUAGCCAUUGGGCCGCUAGCGUUCCAGGUGUUUCAGCUUGCUGGCAACUGGUGGAUGGCAGCAACCUCACAGCUUUCGGUUGCCGCAGCCAAGCUUAUCGGUGUCUAUGUGGCGUUGACACUCGGGGGAUCACUCUUAUUUCUUGGAAGGAUGGUACUGAUAGCCAUUAUGGGCCUGGGAACAUCACAGAUUUUCUUCUUCAACAUGCUCAACCAUAUUUUCCAUGCACCCAUGUCCUUCUUCGACUCCACUCCAGCCGGUCGCAUUCUCAGCAGGGCAUCUUCUGAUCAGAGCGCUCUAGACCUGGACGUACCAUUUCGGAUUGGUGGUCUUGCAAACUCAACCACGCAUUUCAUAUUUGUGGUUGGAGUGCUGUCGCAAUCUGUGUGGCAAGUUUCAGUCGUGUUUGUGCCUGUGGCGAUCCUCUGCGUCAAGCUCCAGAGGUACUACAUGGCAUCAGCUAGAGAACUGGCAAGACUUCAAGGCACGCAGAAAGCUCCCAUUAUUCACCACUUUUCCGAGUCACUAGCUGGGGUAGCCACCAUCCGAGGAUUCGAUCAGGAAGAGCGCUUCGCGAAACGCAGCUUUGCACUCAUAGACGACUUUUCUCGGCCGGAUUUCUAUUCCACCGGAGCCAUGGCGUGGGCGACCCUGCGACUCGAGUUCUUAACCAACAUCAUGUUCGCCGUCUUUUUGUUCACGCUCGUCUACUUGUCAGGCAGUGUCGAUCCAAGUUUAGCGGGGCUGGCAGUGACGUAUGGGUUGAACAUGGAUCUCCCGUGGGUCCUCUGGUGUUUAUGUACUGUGGAGAAGGUGAUCAUAUCCGUGGAGAGAAUUCAGCAGUACAGUUGCCUUCCGAGUGAGGCUUCAUGGAAAGUCCAAGCAACGAAGCCUUCAGAGAGCUGGCCUUCAGAUGGAACUGUGGAGCUCGUCGACUUGCAGGUGCGCUAUACAGAUACCUCCCCACUUGUCUUGCACGGCAUCACUUGCAAGUUUCCGGGAGGUAAGAAGACUGGAGUUGUGGGACGAACGGGUAGCGGCAAGUCGACGCUCAUCCAGGCCAUCUUCCGAGUGAUUGAGCCAGCGGGAGGGAGGAUCAUUAUCGAUGGUGUUGACAUAAGUCGACUGGGGCUUCAUGACCUGCGUUCAAGGCUGAGCAUCAUUCCUCAAGAUCCCGUGCUCUUUGAAGGCACUGUUCGCUACAACUUGGAUCCACUCGGUCGCCAUAGUGAUGCUGAGCUCUGGGAGGCACUGGACAAGUCUGAGCUUGGCGACUUGGUACGCAACAAGGAGGGCAAACUUGAGGCAUCUGUCUCAGAGAAUGGAGAGAACUGGAGUGUGGGGCAGCGCCAGCUCUUGUGCCUAGGGAGGGUGAUGCUCAAGCGUGCCCGAGUUUUGGUGCUGGAUGAAGCUACUGCUUCCGUGGAUACUGCGACUGCUGCGGUCCUUCAGUCGACCAUUUCGAAGGAGUUCACUGGCUGCACCGUCAUUACCAUCGCUCACAGGCUGCCUACAGUCAUUGGCAGUGAUCUCGUCCUCGUCCUAAGCGAUGGACGAGUGGUGGAGUAUGAUGAACCCACGAAACUGCUUGACAAGGGCUCUUCACAUUUUAGCAAGCUCGUCAGCGAGUACUCUGCGAGCAAGAUUUGUAGCACUUAGCAUUAAACCUGUCAUGACCACAUCACCGCAUGAACUAUCCGGCAUCCGAUGUGACAAUAUAGUUAAGAAUCGCUAUACAUGAUAACGUAAAGAAGAUAACUUUGAUCA